ACCCACACACAACAUGGCAGCGCCGCCCCAGCCGCGUCCGCUGCUCGUCUCGACGCCGUCAGGCGGCUCGACAUCAGCAUCGGGGAGCUCGACACCAGUGCCGGCCGCGUCGCGCAACAACCCCAUCUCGCUGCGCAUCUACAAGGCGAUCGGGACGAGCUUUGACGACCGGGGCUCGCGCGAGGCGCUCGAGAUCGCCUCUGGGUUCUACGCGUCCAGCAAGGCAAAGGGCAAGGCCAAGGCUGAGGACGGCGGCGACGAGGCCGCGGCGCCGAUUAGGCGCACGCUGCGCGGACAGAGCGCCGCGACUGCACGCCGUAACCUCAAGCGCGACGUCGAGGCGCGUCUCGCUGGCGGGUCGCAGCAUUUCCUCGAGGCGUUCGGCGAGGUUGACAAGAAGCUCGACGUGCUCCGCGAACACAUGCUCGAGAUGCAGAGCCGCUGCGACCAGGUGCAGGCCGAGCUCGACCAGGCCAACAGCGGUACAAAGUAUCUGCUUGAGCGGGCCGACGGACUGCGAUCACAGAGGUCGUCUGCGCAGCUCCGUACCUCGCUCGUCACGCUCUUCCUCGCGCGCUUCACGCUCACACAGGGCGAGGAGCGCGCGCUCAGCUCGCGCGAGUUUGACCUGGGGCCAGAAACGUUUAAGGCGCUCGACCAUGUCGAGGCGAUCCGCUCCGACUGCCGCGCGCUACUCGGCGGCGACGAGGCCAAGAUGCAGGCUGGACUCGACAUUAUGGCGUCGACUGGCGUGCAGAUGGAGGCAGGGUACACCAAGAUCCACCGUUGGCUCGAGUUCCAGUUCCGCCAGAUGACGCGCGACGCGCAGCUCGAAGUCUCGGGGGUCAUGCGCGAGGCGGUGCGCCGUCUCGGCCAGCGACCAGGGAUGCUGAAGGAGGUCCUCCACGUCCUCACCUCAACCCGCCAGGCAUCAGUCCUUAGCGCGUUCCUCGACGCGCUGACGCGCGGCGGGCCGAAAGGCCUCCCGCGCCCGAUCGAGAUCCACGCGCACGAGCCGACACGCUACGUCGGCGACAUGCUGGCGUGGGUGCACCAGGCGACGGCGACAGAGCACGAGCUGCUCGAGUCGCUCUUUGGCGUCGGCAACCGCGCGCGCAUGGUCGGCGCCGAGCGCUCGGUGCUCGAGCGCACCGAGGCGGAGAAGAUGGUCGCCGAGGCGCUCGACCGUGAUCUCGAGGGCCUCGGCCGCCCGCUCAAGCUCCGCAUCGAGCAGACGCUAAAGAGCCAGGAGGGCGUUAUCACGACGUACCGUAUCGUCAACCUCCUCCAGUUCUACCUCGUGACUAUGCGCAAGACGAUUGGGCCGGACGCCUUGCUCUCCAAGGCUCUGCAAGAGCUGUACGAGCACGCCGACGCGGCAUUCUUCGAGACGCUCGAGGCGCAGGGCCGGUCACUGCUGCGUUUCCUGCACCCGCCUGACGCCAACCUCAGCCCGCCGCUCGCGCUGCGCGACGCGAGCCAGGUGCUCCGCGAGAUCAUCGCAGUGUACGACACGUCGCUGGUGGACGACGCCGAGCGCGAGGGCGACUUUGCCAAGCUGCUCAACGCGGCCGUCGACCCCGCCGUCGAGAUGUGCGAGCGCAUGGCCGACCUGCGGAAACAGAGCUCGCCCUCGUCGGGCGCUUGGGACCGCGACGUCUUCUUGGUCAACUGCCUCGAGUACCUCCAGCACACGCUCGAGAUUUACCCCUUCACUGCCCCGCGCGUGUCCACGCUGCAGGAGCAGGUGCAGACGCAUAUCGAGUCGAUGACCUUCGAGCACCACGGUAAGCUGCUCGAGCAGUGUGGCCUGGCGCCCGUCAUGAAGGCAAUCAGGACACGGCCAGCCGACACGCCCCUCUCGCGCCUGCCUGGCGCCACGCCGAAAGAGCUCACCGCCGCGCUCACCCAGUUCUCGUCCUUCCUCACCAACCACGACCCGCUCACGUCUCCCCGCCUCGCGCUCCUCUCCAACCCCCGCCUGGCGGAGGGUAUCCACCGCACAGCGCUGCGGCGCAUUGCCACGGCGUAUGCCGAGGUUGCCGACCAUGUGCUCGACAAGAACGAGGGCUACGAGUUUGCCGAGACCCUGCUGCGCCGUGGGCGCGACGAGGUCGAGGUGGCCCUCGGUGUGGCCGAGCUGUAG